AUGAUCACGUCAGUCUGAAAACAUACGACUUUUCAUUUCAUCAACUAGCAUCUACUAACAUCACUGGUGAAUGGGUUUACCAUGAGGAUUGGUUAUCAAAAAUUUAAUAAAUUUCUCUUGAAACCAGAUUUCCUGAAAGCUAGAUGGAAAUUUCUUUUAGAAAUCUUGAACUUCUCACCUUGUAAAAUUACCCAUUUUCCUAAAGUCGAAAAUUUUACAAGUUGAGACUUUCUAGAAUUUAGAGAAGAGUUUCAACCAUAGCUCAGAAAUUUUACCUAAACCUCUUGUGCUAGAUGUCCUUCCCGUUGAACAUCUUCUCAAACGUCACAAUGCGGACUCCUGACCGACGUGCUCGUUCUGCCAGCGCCGGACGUCGACAACUUCGUUCCCAACAGAACAGUUGAGAAUGAUAAGUGUUCCAUUCGAAGGUCUUCCUGCAGAUCAGUCGGCGGCUCCUCCUCUGCGACCGGUCGACAGCCUCGAAGUUCUUUGGGAGAGAGACCGAGUUGCGCGAGGCCGCACUCCUCCGAAUCAGCCUCUGAACGCGGAAGAGCCUCAAAGAGCGCCAGGUUUAAAAUAUCGUUACGAGAAAUAACAUAGCGUUUUUCUAGUAACCCCUCCACCUGUUGGCGCCCGUCCGACGCCGCCGACGACUCCAGAAAGGCAGAUUCGUCGUCGGCCAGCUCUUCAGGUUCAGCGAAAUCGUCAGAAUAUCGUUCGGCGUCGAGUUGCUGCAGCUCCGGCGGCCGGCAGACCUAAUCCCGUUGCUCCUCCCCGGCGAUUCGUCCGUGAGACUCAGAGGUAAGACUGUCAGUCAUGUUCCAAAAAAAAACGUAUAAGAACAAUUCAGGAUCGAAACCUGCAACACGGCUGUAGAAUAUGAAGAUUCCGAGGAACAUACUCUCCAGAAGCUUGAUCGUGAGUAUUUUUUAUUUCUAUAAAAUCCUCAAUAAGUGGUUCAGUAACGCUUUUGGACCGCAGUGAGAAGUUCUCUUCACUAACUACAACUCCAAUCACUGAAGAACUUCCCAACUUGGUAGAAACAUUUUCGGUCUUCUAAGAUUAAAGUUUCACAGGAAAGCGAAGAACAUCGUAUGAUGGCUCUUCGAGAAGCCGAUCGCAAAAAAGUGGUAAGCGACGCGGUAGCUCUCCAAGAAGAUCCCAACGUCAGUUUGGAAUUCGAAAACAUUGGAUCAGAUAUAUUUAAGGCUGCACAAGAAGAUCUUAAGCGAGUCUUAGAGAAACUUGAGUCGCACCUGAGCAUUUGUCUUCAAGAACGACAGAGGGUCCAGACUUCUAUUCUGAAAUAAUGAAGAUGAUUCCUUUUUCAGCUGGAGGAAGGCCUCAGUUCUUUGGAAGAACGGACUCGUCGAUUGGGAGAAAACUUGAAGAAAAUCGACAGCGCUCAACUCAUAAUUGCUUCUGUCGUUUCCGAUGGACUUUUGUGA